AUGGUGCCUACGAGUCACGGUAGCUAUACUGAGAAUCGCGGACCAGGCCAACCAGGGUACAUGUGGUCAAACAUCAGAAAUGAGUUAAACGGAGUGGAAGGAUUCUGUGGAAUCUAUGAGUUUCAGGUUAGAGGAGGAACCCCGAGUGCAGUAGUUUACGUUGGAAGCACUUGCCCUCGCCAAGCAGAUGGCGGACAAUGCCGUAGAUUGAAAAACAGGAUCAUCAACUACUGCAGACACGGAAACCAUAAAGCAGGUCUAAUAAACUACGCACUGAGCAGUGGAUAUGAGCUGUGGGUCCGUUAUAAGCAAGCUAGGAGUGCAGAGGAAGCUCAAGCCUGGGAAAAUACGCUGCUCGCCGCGUAUGAUUACGCUUGGAAUGUUAGAAAUAACGGCAACAUAAGGGUCGUCCCAUAGUGACACUGCCUGAUCGGCAAUGAAGCGGUAAACGGAGACAUCCAAUGAUCUCAUGGACUUAAUUCGCCAUUGAACAGAAAAGUGCUUAUUUUUGUGCCAAACCAGUAGUACAUGAAAAUUUUUAUAGCUUAACUUACGUAUAGACUGAGCACGAUAACAGUCAUCAUUUAAUCUGAGUACUUUUAACUGCAGCCACUAAUCGUCAGCGCUACACCCUUUAAAAAAUCGUGUCCGAUUACAGUCAAUCAAAAAGAGAUGACGACACAAGUUGCAACAGACCCAAUACUUGCUUACAUCCUUACAGUUAGUAAAUACUUAUUUCAUGUAGACGCAGAAAUGCAGAAGAUGACUAUUAAAAUGUUUAAAUUUAUACAGUAAAGUGAUGGAUUCCAACUUUUAAUUUUUAAAACUACUUUUGCCCGUUUUUAAUCGACGAAAAAGUUUAAUAUUGUGUCUUAGGAUUCUACUCGUUUUGGUUUUAAGUUGAUGUCUUCAACUAAACUUUGCAGACAUCGCAUUUACGACAUUUUUUAGCUCAAAUCUACCGUUGAACUAAGUGCAGCGAAUAAUUCUAAGAAAUACCGGAAGAACGUCAUUUGCCGUUCCGAGAAUUAAAAAUCUCUUUGUCACUCACCCCUCAAUGAUUCAGCGUUCAACAAUAGAUUACUUUGAAGAAAACCCCUUUGUCCUCCUUGACUCGAGCAAAACGGGAUUAUGAACAAGCUACUGAAUAAUUAUGUUUGGAAUAAACGGAAUAAUAUGGUGGCUGCGAGAGAAAUAUGACCAUUACAACGUUGAGGCCAAGACUCUAAUUGACACUAAGGAUCUAAGCUGAGGUAGCCAACAAAUGAUGUAUAAACUGCUACAACGUGUUAUAUUACAUUUUUACGUUUAACUUCUUUUAAACCAGCUCUGGCUUUAAAGCUGUGUCAAUUAAAUCUAUUAAACAAGCCAGAAAAAAGUAAGGACGGCGAAGCUAAGUAUCCUCCGAAACCUUGCUGCAAUUUAUAGGACGGAAGAAGAAAUUUGGAAGAUGCGUUCGCGCGCACGAGAGGAGAAAAGGAGAGGCCUCCUCUCCCCUUCAUGUCCCCUUCGCGCGCUCUAUAAAAACGAAACAAUAAAACUAACGAAAGCCUUCCACGCACGAUAGGGUCUUCAAUAGACGCAUAUAACAGAUUGCAAUUGAUUUGAAACCUUUAGUUCAAAUGGAGCAUGAUGUAUUAAAUAAGAAAGAAAGGACUCUGUUCCGUGGUUUGGACCACAAGAUAUUAAUAGGACCAAACUGAGGCGCCAAAAAACUCAGGUUCUUUCUAGAAAAAUGAUUCAUUUAGGUGGGAUUAUUUCUUAGAAAAACCGCAAGAAUCCAUAAUUGUUAUGUAAAUGACAAUGCAAUCUCUGAUUGGUUAAUGUGUAAACCCCACUGACUCACUGUCACAAGACUUACUUUAUUGCAUAAAGGUAUCAUCGAAGGGACGACAAGUUGACAUGAGUUUUGGCUUAGCUUGGCUCGACAAAUACAGAAGAGAUCAUAUUUAACAGACUGACAGAGCUUCAAGAGAUUCUACACUCAGAAUGGCUCAAGCUCAAAGAAGGGUAAGAGAAAACAGUAAUCUUCAGUUUCCACAAAGCCAAAAUUGGUCGGCAUGGAAGACAGCCAUGGUUCCGCUGUACGAUCGAAUAAACACUGUAAACCGCCACCAGAACCAAGUAGGAUUCAUCUGGAAAUAUAUACUGCACGACGGCAAUUUACCGGAACUCUGUGGAAUUUAUGAAUGGCGAGCUAUUCGACGGGACCAGCCAAAUCGAGUCGUCUACGUUGGAAGCACGUGCACACGUUGUGGCAACAGUUAUGAACCACUGCAAAGCAGAAUCCUUGGGUAUUGCAGUCAUGGUAAUCAUAAAGAAGCUCUGAUAAAUGACGCAUUAACAAAAGGAUAUACGCUGGAGGUCCGUUACAAGCAGGCUUGGAAUGAACUGCUAGAAACCUGGAGAAUGAGCUACUUGACAUGUUUGAUUACGCUUGGAAUGAGAGGCGCAAUGGCGGGAAACUUGGUAUAA